AAUACAUCUCAUCCCUGCUGACGUGAACGAUGCUGACUCUUAAAGGGGAAGAGAAAGAGUGCAAAUCAAAAUAGAUUCAUUUACAGCACGCUUUGUGUUGAGUGGGAUUGGGACGCAGCCCGAGCUGGAGAGAAUCAGCUGCUCUCUCUCUCUCUCUCACACACACACACACACACACACACACACACACACACACACACACACUCAGAUCCAGAAGCAGAUACAGCACAGAGGAGAAUCAGGGUGUAACAGCACAAUGCCAGCUCCAUGUAUGAGCCUGGCAGGGCAGCAGAGAAACUGGAGGCAGGCUGGCAAGGCAACGUUCUCGAGGCUCUCCAUCCUUCCAGAAGAAGACAAGAUGACAGGAGCCGACCUCCAUGUGAAGUCCAAUCCGGAGCAGAAGCGAGCGUCCUUUUCUCCCUCAGCACACAUCAGUAACCACAGAAGAAACGGAAACGCUGCUGCUGCAGAGUCUCACACGCUGAAGGUAGACGAGAGACUGCGACUGGCUCGAGAACGGAGAGAGGAACACCUCAAACAGAUCGCUUCUCGGGAGCGCGGCUGGCUGGCCCGAGAGGAGAGAGCCCGGAGGUUCUACGAGAAACACCUGGAGGAGCGUCGGAAAAAGCUGGAGGAGCAGAGGCAGAGGGAGGAGAGGAGGAGGAACGCUGUGGAGGAAAAACGCAGACAAAGGCUCAAAGAAGAGCGAGAGCGGUACGAGUCUGUGGUGCAGAAGACCAUGGAGAGGAGCCAGAAAGCCAAACAGAGAAGUACACAGAGGAGAGUGUGCAAUACUAAGAACAACACAAACGCUAAACGCCGCGCUCUUAGUCAGUGGGAGAUAAACCUGGUUAAUCGCCUUCAGACUCCUACCAUCUCUUAUCUAGCCAGGAGCAGGAGCGCUGUAUGUCUGUCCAGAGGAGAAGUUGUUCAUAUUUGUCGACGUGCAGUUUCAUGCCACACUAUGAGCAAUAGCAGUCCUCAGAAACCUGGAGGAACAUCGACACACGGCAAGGCCAUCAAGCCCGGGGUGAUGAAUGACAGCCACCAAACCUCCGGAAAUAAACCGGGUUCAAAUCUCGAGAGGCGAGAACGGAAAAAGCCCAAUUCUCACACAGCGAGUGUUAAAGUCAGCUCCACAUCAGGGACAGAGGACAAAACAAUAGCCUCGUUAACAGGAUUGAGGCUGACUCUGAGAGUGUCCCCCAGUCAGGAGUGUUUGCCCCCCCUGCGUGAGGAGGAAGAUCCGGACCCAGAGAGAGCGCUGAACUCCCAUCAGCCUCAGCGUGACCAGUCAGCUGCUGUGCGCUCACAUGAGGACGCUGGGUGUGAUGGACCGGUCCAGGAGAACCCGGGUUCUAACAGACGUCUGGCUGCUCCUGCAUGUCCUCACGCUCCUAAUGAGCGAAGUGUCGGAGCCCAGAGCAGACCCUCAGCAGGAACCACAGACCCUGAAGAGGCUUCACGUCUGCUGGCGGAGAAGAGACGACAAGCUCGACUGCAGAGAGAGAGAGAGGAAGAAGAACACCGGCAGAGGGAGGAAACAGAGCGGCGAGGGAGAGAAGAAUUGGCCCAUCGGAGAGCUGAGGAGCGAGCAAGGCGUGAGGCAGAGGCCCAGUGUGAGGAGAAAAGGAUGAGGGAGGAGGAGGAACGACGGAAGGCAGAAGAGGAGAAGGCUCAGAGGCAGAGAGAGGAGGAGAGGAGACUUCAGCAACAGAAAGAAGAAGAGGAGGAGAGGCAGAGGCUUGAGAGAGAGUCACGAUUCCAGAGAGAGGAAAGCGAGAGGCAGGAGAGGAAGAAGCGGUUAGAAGAAAUUAUGAAAAGAACAAGGAAGACAGAUGCUGAGAAGACACCUGCGUUGUCGUCCACACCGCUAAAUGAGAACGUGAAGCCCCUCCACAGCCUCCCCUUAGAGGAAGUGAUCAAGCUUCCCAGCCCGGCCAAGGGCUCGAUGAUGAGCUUAGCCAACGAGGAGGACAUUCUUCCCACAGUGGCCUUCAAGGAGCGCAGGUCCAUCCGCACCCUCACGGGUCUGGAGGAGAUCCAGGCCCAUCAGAGAGCAGAAGUCAUCUAAAGAUGAGAAGAUCUCCAAGGAACCUGCAACUCUGUACUUUAUGUAUGAAAACAAGCAGAAUCGCUUCACCUGCACUUUAAGAACCUUUGACACCUUUCGCACCGUUGAAGUGAAACAGAAGUAUUUGACCCCCUGCUGCUCUUCUGAAAUGUUUUUUUAUUUUUUCGUUGGCGUUUUGGUAACUCGCUACUUAACUAAUGACUUCCCAGUGUAACUUUUUUAACGUAAAACUUCAUAAACCUGACACAACCACGUCAAACCCGUGUCAUGGCACGUCGUCAUGUCCAGACUUGUCAUGUUGGAGUUGAAGAUAACUGUCUGCUUACAUCACACCCUAAUUUCUUGCUAAGUGUCCUCUUGCUAGCAUGCACUUUAUAGUAAUGGUGGAUAAGGUAAACAUGCUUUAUGAUGCUGCCAUAGACUUAGCAGUAACAUGUCAUGAUGCAACUCAUAACUCAUACUUUUUAUCCAUUUGUAGUUACAUUUAAACAAGGAAAGAAAAAACUGGCUGGUACAAAGCUCUAACACUGGAGACUCCUUCCAUAAACGGUAAAAUAAAUGUCUCCUCCAUAUCAACGAUUAUACAUUUUUCUUAAAUAACAACAUAUUUUAAAUCUGUUUUUAAUUAUUAUUAGUUUAUGGGGAGUGUCUGCCGUACAAGUCCCUGUGAAUGAGCUGUUACUAUAGAAACGGUAACAUAUUAGAACCUGCUAGCCAAUCAGAAAUGAGUAAUUGUUGUAGCGAUGGUAUACAAUAUGUCAUAUGGCGUAAAACUUAUGCAGACUAGUGCACUUGUAACAUUAGCUAGCUAUCAUGACAACAAACAUUAAGAAGGUUGUCAUAGUAAUAAACCUGACACUCCCAGAGUAUAAUUUCUGUCAUGACCAGUUUAUAACGUGGUUAUGUCAGCUUUAUGAUGCAUGCUUCACAGAAAGUGUUACCCAACAAUCUUCAUCUAAAAGGUGAAGAUGCUUUAGAGGAGAAAUGCUAAGUGUUUAAUCUAUAAACAGUAUACACACUGAUAUAAAGGCUUGUUUCUUGUUACGUAUACAAGCAUACGACUUCAGCUUCAGGAACCUUCUUUGUGAAGCGGUUAUUUGGUGUUUAUUCGUACGAAAUCGAAGUGUGUCAGCUGUGCGUUGCUGUGCAGUAGUACACCCUGCUGCUGGGACACGAGUGCUGAGCUCAGCUGCUUCCUCAAUAAACUUCACAUUUAGCAUUGCUGCUGUUCAGCUAUUCCAAAUAAGAGUACGGAAAUUACCGUCCUGGGUUCGCUUUCCCAAAAGCAUCGAAGCACAGAGAUCAUUCUUAAAUGGUCGAACGAGCAUCACCUUGAACUCUCUCUCUCUCUCUCUCUGUCUCUCUGUUUACUAGUUAAGUGGAUUUAAACUUGAUGAUGUUUUUUGGGAAACUGGGCUCCUUUUUUUUUUUUUUUUUUUUUACAUCAUUCUGUAUUCUGGUAGAAUUAAAGAUCUUCUAGCAACAUCGAUAUAGAUCUGAGCUUUUGCAAUGCCAAAUUAUGCAUAAUUAAUACGAUGAAUAUGGAACAUAGAUGUA